UCUCGUUACAAAAUACAAACUGCUCGCUCACAACCACAACGAGUCUGCGUUUUCUUUGCAAGGUUCUCCUAAAUUUAUCUUGGUUGGUGAAGAUUUUGCGAGCUUUUUCCACAAAAUAGGAUGCCAGCCAAAGGACGAAAACGUGCAGCAAAGAAACUCGGAGAACCAUCUGCAUCGGCUUCAGGAGUCGAGAGCGAAAAGGGGGUUAAGGAGAAGGAUACCAAUUUGCUAUCCUCACCGAAAUCUACCAAGGAAACGAGAGAAAUAACAAGCUAUUUUGCUAAAUCACCCUCCCCUGUAAAACAUGACGAGCGAUCCCAAACAACUAUAACCCAAGGCGAAGGUAAAACAAGCUCUACGGCGCUUAAAUAUCCCACCGAUCCUGAAAAGGACGCGAAAUCGUCAAAGUCGACCGGUGACCCACCUUCAGAUAAAGCGCCUCUGACUGCAACGACAAGCGAUAAUCAAGAAACAGUGAAAGACUAUGACAGAAAAUCAACAAGUGGAAGUAAGAAGCCGAUGGAGAAGUACUUGCUAAAGAGCCCAGGAGAUAUUUCAAUUGUCGACAACAAAAAGAACACAAAGAAAAAGAAAGAGACCAAGACUAGUGAGAGGCCUACACAGACAGCUAUCACAGAACACUUCCGUGUCAGGCGGAGCCAAAGGAAAUGCAAAUCUGCAGUUGAGGAAGAAAAACAACAGAAUAUUGAAAAAGCUGUCUUACUGGGUCUUGAAGAGGGCCUUGAGAUUCGUGAUGUAGAGGGCAAGGGCCGUGGAGUAUUUGCUGUGAAGUAUUUCAGUAGAGGGGACUUUGUGUGUGAAUAUGCAGGAGAACUGAUAGACUAUAAUACAGCCAAGGAACGAGAGCAGAAGUACUCUGAGAAAGCUGAAGUGGGCUGUUACAUGUAUUACUUUUCAUUCAAGAACAAGAAAUAUUGUGUUGAUGCAACAAAGGAAUCUGGUCGCCUUGGUCGACUUUUAAACCACAGCGUCCAUGGCAACUGCACCACAAAACUAAUAUCCAUCAAGGGCAAUCCCUACCUGAUUCUCGUGACGUCUCAAGAUAUCAAACCUGGAGAGGAACUAUUAUAUGACUAUGGCGAAAGAAGCAAAGACAUUAUCGAGUCACAUCCAUGGCUAAAAGCAUGAUCAUUCUACUGAGUAGAAAUACUUUACUUGCAUUUAUUUUGGAAAUGCAUUUGACUUUUUAUUCCUUAUUUGUACAUUUAAUUGUGAAUAUAAAGUAUAACAGUUUUCUGUUUUCUUUUAUACAUUAAAAGAUUAAAAGAAGAGACAUCUUUAAGUAUGUUAGGUGGAAA